CAUCACUAAAUGUUACGAGGGUAUUUCACCGUAUUUGUAUUUCGUUUAGAAAGUGUGGUUUAGGUUCAAUAAUCUGUGCUGUUUGUAUUGGCAACACUGGUCGCUUCAUAUUUUCUUUUACGUACGUCAAAAACGCCAGUCGAGACGUUUUCAAAAUGGGUAAGGUUAAGUGUUCGGAGUUGCGGACGAAAGACAAGAAAGAGCUGUUCAAACAGCUCGAGGAGUUGAAAACAGAAUUGACCAAUCUUCGUGUUGCUAAAGUGACUGGAGGUGUUGCAUCAAAACUUUCAAAAAUACGUGUUGUAAGAAAAGCGAUUGCACGCGUCUACAUUGUUUACCAUCAGAAAAUGAAAGUGAACCUCAGAAACCAUUACAAAAACAAGAAGUACAAGCCUUUAGACUUGAGGACUAAGAAGACCCGUGCUAUGCGUAAGGCUCUUAGCAAACACGAGUCUAAAAUAAAGACAAGGAAAGAGAUAAGAAAGAAGUCUCUAUUCCCUCCUCGAGUUUAUGCUGUUAAGGCUUAAAUAAAGUUUCUAAUCAC